AUGCUUACGAGGACGUCUAUUGCCCUCACGCUCGCCGCCGCUUCGGCUGUGGCCGCCCCAGCGACUGCUCCCUCGUCCGCCAGUUCUGCGCCCACCUCGUCCGCAUCGUCGACCGCGGGCACGGGUAUCCUCACUGCCGAUGGCUUCACGAAUCAGAAGUGGCUCGACGCUUUCCACAAGGCCAAGGAGGUCGUCGGUGGAUUGUCUUUCGACCAGAAGAUUAACUUCACCGACUUGCGCGGCUUCUCGGUCAACACUCCAUACGGCGGAUGCGCGGGCAUCACCUUCCCUCUCCCGAGUGCCGGCAUCAACCAGGGCAUCUGCUUCGCCGAUGGCCCUACCGGUGUCCGCCAGACUCGCUACUCGACCCAGUUCCCCGCCGAGGUGACGGCCGCCGCGACCUGGGAUCGCGACUUGAUCCACGAGCGCGCUCUCGCGAUCGGCAAGGAAUACGCCGAAGUCGGCGCUCAGGUCCCUCUUUCCAUCGUCGUUGGACCGAUGGGCAGGUCCGUCUACGGCGGUCGCAACUGGGAGGGCUUCUCGAGCGAGCCUUACCUGGCGGGAGAAGCUGUCCGCCUCACCGUUGACGGUUUCCAGAAGGAGGGCGUGACUGGCCUCGUCAAGCACUUCUACGGCAACGAGCAGGAGUACCUCCGCCAAGGUCUCGCCGAUACUGGGUACAUCGCUGGACCACUCGACCACAUCAUCGACUCGAUCAUCGACCAGGCGACUGCUCGCGAGCUCUACAUCGCGCCCUUCGCCGAGGCUGUUCGCGCCGGAGCGGGCGGAAUCAUGUGCUCGUAUAACAAGCUGAAUGGUACCGCGGCAUGCGAAAACAAGGAGCUCCUCAUCGACAUCCUCAAAGAGGAGCUCGCCUUCCCCGGCUUUGUCGUUACAGACUGGUACGCUGGCCACACCACGCUCGGCGCCGCUCUCAACGGUACCGACUACGUUGAGGCUUCCGAGCCGUCGGUCAACCUCUUCGGCGCCAAGCUCGCUCCGGCCAUCCAGAACGGCAGCGUGCCCGAGGCUCUCCUUGACGACAAGAUCAUCCGCAUGCUCGUCCCGUAUUUCGCUCUGAACCAGUCUUCCCUCCCUGCGGUCGACUACGACCGCUACGUCGCGAGCCAGGAGACCGCCGACACCGCCCGCAAAGUCGCCGAGGAAGGCAUCACCCUCCUCAAGAACAACAGGACCUCGAACCUGGGUCUUCCGCUUUGCAAGCCCAAGGACCUCAUCCUCGUCGGGUCCGCCGCUGCUCCCGGUCGCUUCGGAAUCUUUGGGAAUGUGCCGAUUGUCGCGGGCACCCCGUCGCUCAUCGUCGAAGGCUUCCUUGGCGACGGCUUCGGUAGUGGCACUUCGGAGGAGCCUUACGCCGUCGACCCGCUUUCGGCCUUCACCGCUCGUGGACGCCAGGAGAAGCGUCCUGUCGUUGUUGACGGGUACUACUACGACGACCCCUUGGUAGGUGUCGUCCCCAACGCCGUUCGCUCCAACACUUCAAUUCUAGACGAGAAGCUCCUCUACGCUGACGCGACGAUGGUCUUCGUCAACGCCAUCGGCGCCGAGGGCUACGACCGCGUCAACUUGACUCUCGGCAACAAUGGCGACAACCUGAUCAACUACGUCGCUGACCGCCACAACAACACGAUCGUCGUCAUCACCGCGCCCGGCCCCGUCGACAUGUCGCAGUGGAUCGACCAUGUCAACGUUACCGCCGUCCUCUUCACGUACUUCAGCGGCCAGGAGGGCGGUACGGCAAUGGCUCGCGUCGCGUUCGGCGACGUCAACCCUUCGGGCAAGCUGCCGUUCACGAUCGCGAAGAACAUCAGCGAUUACGACCAAAAGGCGAUCUACCACGGCGACUACGUUGUCAACCCGACGACCAACUUCACCGAGGGUGUCUUCAUCGACUACAAGUGGUUCGACAAGCAGGGCAUCGAGCCGCUGUUCGAGUUCGGCUACGGCAAGUCAUACACGACCUUCAACGUCUCGGGCCUCUCGCUCUACCAGAACAAGAAGGCCAACCCGCCCGCCAUCCGCGAGACGAAGGAGAAGUUCUUCAUCAACGGCAAGCAGGCUUCGGGCUUGUACGACUACGUGUACACCGUCAAGGCGACCGUCAAGAACACCGGCUCCGUCGAUGGUGCCGAAGUUGCGCAGCUCUACCUCACCUUCCCAGACUCGACGCCCAACAAGAUGCCUGUCCACAACCUCCGCGGCUUCGCCAAGCCGUUCCUCAAGGCGGGCGAGUCGCAGGACGUCUACUUCGACCUGCGCAACAAGGAUCUCACCGUCUGGUCCGUCGAGAAGCAGGGUUGGGUCAUCCCGUCGGGCGAGUUCAAGGUCAGCGUCGGGACCAGCAGUCGCAACCUCCCGCUCUCGAAGACCUUCUCGUACUAA